AUGGCCGCGGCGGUGGACCCGCUGGCGCAAAUGAGCGCGGUGCUCGCGGCGUGGCGCGCGUCGCUCGAGAACCACCCCGGGCUCGGGAUGGUGUGCACGACGUUCGCGCUGAACGUCCUGCCCGGGCCGGACUCGCUCGUGAAGCGGUGGGCCCUCGACCUGCUGCUCGAGGCUCUGGCGGCGCAGUUGAACGACCCCAACGUCAGCAUGGUCAAGGUCGCGGUGCAAUGCUUCGCGACGGUAUACGUGCUGCUCUUUAGGUCAUGUUGUAUGAACCCUUCCAAUCGCAAGCCUUGGGACAUUAUCAUGAACGUGAAGGCGAGGAUUCUGGAGAUGGUCUGGGCGCCACACAUCAACCAAGGCUUGCGCAUUUCUGCGGUCAAGUUCAUGCAGAAGGUCGUGCUCGUGCAAACCCGUGGGGUGAAUGAUCCACGAGUACGUCCCAAGCUCUUGUGCGGCUGUUCGUACGACUCAAUGUUGGUAUUGUUGCACGAAGGCAUCAAGCUUCUUCAACAUGUAAUCACGACGUUGUACACCAGCAGUGACCCCGAUAUGAUCACGUCUAUUCUCAAUAGUUGGUCAACCUUGGUCAAAAAGCGACCUGCACUCGUCGAACUUGUGGUGCAUACACUCAUUCAAUGGGGACCCGGGAAGCUCGAAGGCCAGUCUGCUUCUGCGGUUCGGAGUGUGGAAAAGGGUGUUCGCAUUUUCCUUACCCAUAUCCUACGGAGCCCCCAGGGACAGCCUUUCCAGAAUAAGAUACAGGUCGCGCUCUCGGCUCAAUCAUCUCGCAUGGAACAGGCCGCCGCAGCCGAGAAGGCCCGAAAAGCUGCCCUCGCCGAGGCUUCGCGCAAACGCUCCCCCUCCGGCACGCCAGCGGCGGCGACUCCGGAGCCAAAGCGACCGAAACUGGAGCACGACGUAGCAUUGACAUCCCUAGUCGGCUUCGACUACACCUCUCUUCCCGCAAAUCUCGUCACAGAGUUGAUUGUGGCCAAUCUGCAGGCAUACACCGAGAAUGCCCUCAUCGGUCUCGUUCAGUCCUACCGACACACCAAACACCUCGGUUCCAUUCCAGGUCUGUCGUCAACGCCGCCGCCCGCCGGACCCUCACGAGGGCCGGAGCAAGCCACUGCAACUCCGCCGCCAAUGGGCUCCCGGAUGCCCCCAUCAGAACCCCGCGCGGACCGGGACCGCAAGGUGAAGUCUGCCACGCCUCCGCCGCUCGCAUCUGUAGUUGUCAAGCAGGAGGAGCCGGUCGAUCCGCUCAAAAUGGACAUCGAUGACGAAGAGAUGGAGUAUGAGCCGGACAAGCUGAAUCUGGAAAUGGCCGGGGACGACGAGCCCGUCGACGAAGCGGAGGCAGCGCUUGAUCAUGACAUGGAUGAAGCGGAGCUGCCUCUGACGGAUUUCAAGCUCCCUCCAGCCAUGGAGCUCGACGCCGAUGACCGAGAGGUUCUCAUGACGAAAGCGAUUAAACGUAUACGAGAAGGUGCUGGGGAGCUCUUCACUCAUGAUAUGGAGCCAGCAGAUGCUUCGAAGACAUCGCCAGCCGACAUGUGGAUGCUUAUCCUUGUGCGUAUGGUCACGCGCGUGAGCCAGCCCCCAUCUAUGGAUAUGCAAGAGGAUGAGGACGCAAAGGAGGAAGAGGGCGUCGUCGCCAAUCGGUCGGAGCUCCAAGAGCGACAAGAACGGUUACGGCAUAGGCUAGUUGAGUACAUCACGGCUGACUUCCCUGGGAGGGUACGGCUCGCAACCGCUUGGAUGAACGAAGAGUGGUACAAUGACCGGAUACGAAGGUUACAGGAUCGUGAUUGGCAACCUAACUACGACACCUGGCUCAAUCAAAUUGUCGCGGCAUAUCAAACACACGCCGACCACAAAGAUCGGACAUUCUCACGGUUUCUUCUCGAUCUACCCCAAGUCCCACAAGAUGUGUUGAACCUCUUGCGGGAAUCAUGCGUUGAGGCAGAGCGACGGCAGAUGGGCUUCGCUGCUCUCCGCGAGUUCGUAUCGCAACGACCCUCAUUACGCGCCGAAGCCAUGACCAUGCUCCUCGAGCUCACUACUCACCCGGAUAAAAUCACACGCGGCGCCGCGAUCAACACUGUCAAACGAUGGAUCCCUGACGCCCAACCAAUGUCAGACAUGAUUCGAGACUUUGCCCUCCAGCUCCUUCGACGGCUCCAAUCGCGUCCGAAAUCCCUGGUUGAUGGUAGUGAGGCAGAAGGAGAAGCCAAAGAUCACAAGGAUGACAACGAGGACGAGGACGUCAUAGAAGACAGGGAAGUCGAGGAAGUCAAGCAAGUCAAAGAAGUCACCGAUGUCGAGGAUGACAAGACUCCGCAGGCCAACGGCACCGACGAGAACAUGGAAGAUGGUCAGCUCCCACAAGAAGACAUCAUUCAGACGCCUUACCUGCCGAAGCAACUCGAGCUUCCCGCGGUCGACGCACAGAUCCUGCAGCAUGUGGAACUGCUGUUCGCACUGUCAACCAAGGUUCCGGAGUUCCUGGAGGAGAUCUUUGCUGCGUACGGCGGCAUGGAACAGUCAGUGCAAGAGACGAUUCAGACGCUGAUCACGCCGCUUGUGCGGGCUCUAGGGCCGUCCCACGGGAAGUUGCUUACGAUUUUGCGGACGUUCCCUCGAGGAGCCGAGUCACUAGCUCUCCGUGUGCUCAACAUCUUUACGGAGUCUGGACGACCCAGCGCGCAGCUGGUCGCUCUCGUCAAGAGUCUCGUCAACGAGCGCGAAAACCGCGAGCUAGAUGCGCGGUUCCUCAUCCCCAUCAUUGCGGAGAUGGACAAGGCGGACAUCAUGCGGUACUUGCCGCGCAUUGUCUCGAUCCUGAACAGCACCCCGGAGGCGAAGAACCUCGUGCGCUCGGUUUUCAGUUCAGUGGUUGCAACGCCACCGGAAACAUUUGGUAAAAUCACGUCUAACCUGCCGCGCGUGCGGCAGAGUGAGCUGCUCACCCCUGCUGAGCUCAUGGUGCUACUGCAUGAAUCUGAGCGGGAAACUGGCCUGAGAAGUGCGAUCGAAGCUAUCACGAUCUGUUUCUCAAUGACCGAUAUCUUCCGGUUUGAGAUCCUUGCAGCCGUGAUGAACCAGCUCGUUGACGAACCCAACCUGCCAACAUUGUUCCUUCGCACGGUCAUCCAAGCCGUGGGGACCUACCGCUCCCUCCGCGCCUUCGUUUCCACCACGCUCUUCUCCCGGCUCAUCACGAAGAAGAUCUGGACGAACCCGCCGCUCUGGGAGGGCUUCAUCCGCUGCGCGAAGCUCCUCGCGCCGCAGUCGUUCGGCGCGCUCCUGCAGCUCCCGAAGGAGCAGCUCCGCGAGGUCGUCGAGAAGCAGCCGAGCCUCAAGUCGGAGCUGCGCGAGUUCGUGAUGAAGAAGGGGACGAACAAGGCGCGCGUCGCCGGCUUCCUCGACAUCUUCGGGGACGACGACGCCGCCGCCCCAGGCGCGAACGCCAACGGGAGCGCUGCGGCAGAGAAGGCGCAAUGUAUUGCGGGUGCCUUAGGCAUGGAGGAGUAG